AUGCAGGUAAGAAAGCAAAACGGCGGGCAAUGGCGCCCACCAUCAGGAUUCUUCCCGCCUGGCAUGGGUCGGAGUGGGCCGCCCAGUUCGCAACAUGGUCUGGGCACUGGGAUGCCCGCACCCCCCGGACCACCGCAAGUGCCGCCAAUGGCCGCUGCUGGCAUAGCACCUCCAGGCAAACAGAGGGAAAACAGUCCUCCUAUCGAAAACGACGAUCUCGAAACAAGAACGGCAAGAGCAGAAGCCGAAUGGAAAGAAAUCGUCGCAGUCUACGAUGCUUUUGAAAAAGCACUAGGACCAGGAUAUAACCCCCUAUCAGCCGACAGCGCCCCGCCGAUUGCCACACCUUUCGGUCCUGCCCUCCAAUACCGUACGCAUACCAUCGCCUGUGUCUGGUCUCUAUUUUACACUGGCCGCAUCAUCCUCGAAAGAGCACAUCCGAGCAUGCCACCAGAGGCCAUGGUGGCCGCGGGUAUCUGCGCAUUCCGCACAGGCCAGUUCGCAAAUAGCAUUGGCCGUAUCGUUGCUGGGAUCUACUACCCGCAACAAUUUGAUGAAAACACAGCAAGCCUCAUCCCAUCGCUCUCUGCGGCGUACAAUAUACCGACGCCGCCCAACGUGGUGGACGAUUGCUAA